UAGGGCUUCAAUAUACAAAUUUUGGAAGACACAGCUCAGUCUCAACACAUGGGUUCUUGUAGAUCCCCACUUUACAGAUGAGGAAACUGAGGCAUAUGGAACCAGCAAGUCUCAGCUCCCUUCUUGGUGGGGCCCAAGCCACAAUCCGGCAAGCUCUGCUCAACCUCCCCUGCCUGGUGCCCCCCUUUGUGGACAUGGGGCAAGGCAGUUCCUAGAGUAGGCUGGGGCAGGGGUGGGCACCCUUGUGGGCGCAUCUCCUGGAGUGAUCCACUGCACUCAUCAUGGCCCCAUCAACCCCAGCACUACCCUCUGGGUGGCCUUGCCUCACCUCUUAGGAGUGACAAGCCCUGAUGGGGCUGGGGAGGCACAGACUCAAGAGGAGGGGCAGGACAAGGAGCUAGAUGCUGAGGGUAGCCAGUUCCAGGUAGAACCUGGACACAAAUGUGGACCCUGAGGCAGAACCAGCUUCUUGUGGGAGUCCAGGCCUACAGAGAGGGCUGAAGGGAGGAAGGGCAUGGAGAGGAAUGGUCCAGGUGUGCCAACACAGGGGGAGAUGACACCUGACCAGAUGUUGUCCCUACCAGGUAAAUUCCCAGAUGUCUUGCUUCAGGCCCCAGCGUCCCAUGCAAAAGGCCUGACGGAGGUGUGCGGGUGAACACAGGCUACUUCUGGCUCAAGGCCUGGCCUCAGUUUACCCAUCUGUAGAUUAGAUAAGGAAAAGACCCCUUUUUGAGGAUUCCAACGGUAGGGGACAUGCCUGAGGAUAUGGUUGCCACGUGCGCGGGGAGCCUAUGGCUGGACAGGAGCCUCCGCUGGGCCUAACCGGCCACCAGUUCUCCCAGACGAGCGUGUGCGGAGAGGCCCGGGGUCCCCUUCGAGCCAACUAGUCUCCUGGAAGCCUCAGCCGCACCCUCGCCCCCGUCCCCAACGCGCAGCCCCGGCCUGUCGGAGCCACGGGGCAAGUUCAGGUCACUCUUUUGGGGCUUCGGGCCGGGCGGCCUCAGGGAGCCCGCGCCUUGGGAACUCCGGCCCAGUUGCGGGAGCAGCGUCUCCCGCGGCGGAGCCCCAAUGCCUUGGGGCUCACCUCGCCACUCCUACAGCCCGGAGCUCGGUCCAGAGGUCGAUCGGUGAGGAGGUCUCUCAAGGCCCUAAUUGACCGCGGCGGGAAGUCGGGUCGGGGGCGACCCCCACGUACCUCUGGGCGCCUGUGCACAGGGCGGAACCCAGCGCCAGGCCUCCCGUUUCCCGCCGACGGGUCGGGAGCGUUGUACCGAGAGCACCCGGACUCGGAGGUACCGCGGGGGAGGACUCGGAUCGCUAUGGCAACGGGGCCUGCAAGGAAGCGGCUGGGCUGGCGUUAGCGCUGCCACAAUGCUGCCGCCGUGCUCGGAGCAGGCCCUAGACGAGCUGCUGGCACGCAAGGAGGAGGAGUGGCGGGCGCUGCAGGCCCACCGCACUCGGCUGCAGGAGGCCGCCCUGCAGGACACACACAGCCAGCUGGAGGACACGCAGAGGAAGCUGCAGCGUUUGCGGGAAGACUUUGUCUACAACCUGCAGGUGCUGGAGGAGCGGGACCUGGAGCUGGAGCGCUAUGAUGCCGCCUUUGCCCAGUCCAGGGGCCGGGAUGAGGCCCGGCAAGCGGAGGUGAGCGAGCUCAAGAUAGAGGUGGCCAAGCUGAAGCAAGCGCUGACCCAGGCGGCCAGGCGGACAGAGGAGCUGCAGCAGCAGCACCAGCACAGGCUUCAGGAGCUUUGCCUGGAGCUGGAGCGUGUCCACAGUGACAAGAAUGGUGAGAUCAACCAUCAUCGAGAACAAUAUGAAAACCUGAAAUGGAGGCUGGAGAGAAAACUCGAAGAGCUUGAUGGUGAACUUGCUCUGCAGAGACAGGAACUGCUGCUGGAGUUUGAAUCUGAAAUGCAGAAGCGGGAACAUGAGUUCCGCCUGCAAGCUGACAGCAUGAGCAAUGCAGUUUUAUCCCAGGAGCUCAAGGUUAAACUACUGAACAAAGAGCUCGAGGCUCUGAAAGAAGCUGGAGUGAAGGCUGCAGAGUGUAUGCAGAAGGCAGAGACUGCAAACUCGGAGCUGGAGAAGAAGCUCCAGCAUCAAGCCCGGGCGCUCCAGGAUCUGGAAGCCGUGAAGAACGCACGGAUAAAGGACUUAGAAAAUAAACUUCACUCUGUUCAGCUAACCAGGAAAAAGGAAGAGGAAACAUUUAAGAGGAAGCAUGAGGAGCUUGACCGAUUGGCCAGGGAGAGGGAUGAGGUGCUGGCGGCUAUGAAGGGGGCCCACCGAGAGCAGCUACAGGUGCUGGAGGCCAAAGUGCGGGAGCUCCAGGCCCACUGCAAGGCCCUGGAGGCGCAGCUCCACAGGGCUGAGUGGAGGCAGGCAGACGCUGCCAGGGAGAGGGACGCCGUUGCUGACAGACUUCGUGAAGACGCAUCAGCCCUGAAAUGUGCCUGGGAUGCCCAGGUUGCUCAGAUGUCCAAGGAGAUGACCUCCAAAGACCUUCAGCUCCAGAUGCUGCAAGAGGAGGAGGUGAAGCUCAAGGCACAGCUGGCUGGACUUCAGCAGGACAUUGGCAGGUACAAACAACAGUUGUCCCUGGCAGUGGAGAGGGAGCAGAGCCUGCAGCGUGAGCAGGUGCAGCUGGGCCUGGACUGGCAGCGCCGCUGUGAUGACAUCGAAAGGGACCAGAUCCAAAAGUCAGAGGCUUUGAUUCAGGGUCUAACUGCGGCGAGAGAUCAGGUGGCUGCUAAGCUGCAGGAGGCAGAGCGGGUGCUGCAAGGGCAGGAGAUGGUGCUGAAGGCUGUGACUUUGGAGCGAGACCAGGCUGUGCAGGCGCUGAGGAUGCCCAGGUCCCUUGGACUGGGGGCACAGCAUGAAGAAGAAGUAACUAAAGAUUUUCCAUCUGGUGAGAUCCAGCAACUACAGGAGCAGAACACAAGCUUGCGAAAUGCUAUUGCACAAAUGAGAAGAGAGAUGGAGACUCUGAGUGGGCAGACUCUCCUUUCUGCCCAACUCGGAAGAGAGAACUCAGGCACAAACCAGCCUGACCCAAAGGCAGGAGGAGAUACCGCCACUCCUGAUUAUGUUCUGGCCUUUGAAGCAGAAAUACAAAAUCUGAAGGAUAAGUUUAAAGUAUUGGAAGAACAUUUAGGAGAUGUGCUGGAUCCUUGGAAGAUAUCCUCAUCGCACAUGGACACCCAGGCCAGUACCCACGCCUGGACAGAGGCGCCUGGGUCUGUACAAGCUCGUCAAGUGUCCACUGGAUUGGCCCUCAGGAAGCUCGGAGACAGAGUGCAUCUCUUGAAUUUGCUUGUGACACGGCUCAGAAAGAAGGUGCUGCAGAAACCCCUUGAGCUUGACACUGUCCAGCAUGAGCUUCCCCAUGAGAUGGACCAAGUGCACCUGGAGGUUUUGGAGCUGCGAACGCAGGUGGCAGAGCUGGGGGCACAUCUCACAGUGGCCUGGCAGGAAGGAAGGGAACCUUCAGGCCAGAAGCAGCCACAAGCCUCCAACACUGCAGCUCUCAGGAAAGAGGGCACUGGGGAUGGGGCACCCAUGCUGCCUGAGGGCCCAGAGGAGCUCUCCAUCCACCUGCAGACCUCAUCUGUGCACCAGCUCCAGAGGAAACUGAAGGAAGCAGCCAGAAAAAUUCUCAGCCUCCUCCUGGAGAAGGAGCAGCUCAUCGAAAUGGGGAACAGACUCCGCGCAGAGUUGGGCCGUCCUAAAGGGAAACCACCGCGUUACCCGCUUCCUCCAAGUCCUGAAGCCCAGAGCCCAGGCGUGGUGGCCUCAGCACCGCAGCCCCACCUCACAGCUCAGGAUGCUGACAAUGCCAAGAAAGGUUGGUUUUCUGAAGACUUGGGAAAGAGCCGACCCCACUUGCCACAGAUGCUCAGCAGAGAGGACACCACACAAGGCCACAAGGCAGCAGCAGGGCUGUCCAUUCAGAAGCAACAUAGAAUCCCCACAGUGACCUGCAAACCAGCUCCUCAGAAAGAAAACAGGUCCCCAAAGCCACUGCAGGAUCAAGAAUUCUCUGAAAAAAAUGGCCACUCCCAAAGGUCGUCAUCACUUGCCAGCAGCUCCCUCCAGGACACAUGGAAGCUGUUGGACCUGGGGUCCAGCCCUUCUGGCCUCACCUCUCAGGACGAUGCCACUCCAGGGCUCCCAGGGUCUCCAGCGGCCCCCGACUUCGCCAUCCGAGGGAUAAAGGUAUCAGCCCAGUCAAAGGCCAAGCCCACCAGAACCUCCAAAUAUCAGCCUGCAGAAGCUAGAGGCAGCCGGCGACCCCUGAAGCAUGCAGGACCACAAACGGCAGAGAGGCAUUCAGGUGCUGCCGAGAUGACCUUCCUGCCAAAGGCUUCACUGAAGCCCAGGUGCCCCCCUCGCCAUCGGCCUGGCUGGCGGUGUUGUUUACCUGUCCUACUUGGGAAAUGUGGUGUCAAGUGUUUGUGCCAGAGCCACGCCUGCCUGCGUCACCACCCACGGCCACCUGCACACUGGCAGUGUCGUGACAGUGCAGCCUUCCACAGAGCGAGUGGAGGGGACACCCACCUGCAGAACAAGCUUUUCUCAAGAACACCAUGUAAGGGUCCUCCAGGAGUUAGAGCCUUAGCCCAAGUGAGCCUGGACAAGGCGGGCCUCAGGCCAGGGGGGCCUCUGCACCUUGUGUAUGUCAGGAUGCUGGCAGGGUGGGGGCCAACCCAGGACAGUGGGUCACAGCAGUGCCAUCCACAUCUCUUCCCCAUGUAGAACAAGGGUUAAAUGUCCCUGACACAUACAUGGGUACUCGGGGCUGGCACCUACAAGAAUGAGAAACGUGUGAGCUAACUCCUGUCUGCUGGUUACUCCAAGUAGCACAGAACACAUCCAUACUCCAUGACUGAAAAGCAUGUCACGAGAAUGGCCCCGUGUCCCCCACACUUGUACAAGUGCGCUCUGUCGUUGACACAAUGGUCACCACCAUACUGUCUUGGAGGCCCAUGUCCCAUCCACACUCUUCCAGAGCCCCACCUCCUUUCUGCUGGUGCCUGGACCUGGCCGUGCCCUUCCUGCAGCAGAGGACAGGGACUGAGUGGCCUCAGCUUGCCUGUGCCCUCAGGCAGCCUUUUCUUUUCUGAACCGGGAAGACAGCUUCUCUGGGAGGACCAUGGGGGGAGGGCUGCUCCCACUGCUAACCUGCUGUAUGACUUUGGCAAAUCGUGUACCUUUGCAGCUUCCGUUAGUCCCCAAGUAAGAUAUGGACAGUGAUAUCUGCUUCCUGGCUCACAGGUGUGCAGGGUAGGCAAAUGUCACAAGGAGAGAUGGCAUAACAGUGGUGGCCACUGGCAGUGUCUGACGCAGAGCCAGGAGGCAGUUGUUUCAAGUUGCUCUUUUGGGCCUCGGUAUGUUUAUUGGUGCCUUUCUGCAUUUGUUCCACAUAAAUACACAAAGGGGAAUGGGGGUGCCCCCUGGAAACAAGGCAGCGCUGUGACUUCCUUUAGCUAAAAGUAGAGCUGCUUGUCACUUUCUGGAGAAGCAUUUGAGAGCACACGGACAAGUCCCUCCUCCCUGGUGCAGGCCCCAGGGCCUGGCUCCAUUCAGCAAGUCUAUCUUAAGAUCAAAAAGUCUAUCACCUGAGCAAAGCCCUACUGACCACUGACCAGCAGCACUGCCAGGGAGAAAUGGGUCUCAGGUAUUCCAAGGCACCCAGGGGGGUUGUUUGCACAGCACAGUCCAGCUGCUUCUGGCCAGUUGGGACACUAGCCGUCUGAAAGCUCUGUGUCUCUAGGCUCCCAGUAUGACUCCACCCUGAGAUCUCAAGAGAAAGAGAAGACCCUCAAAGGAGGUACCUGCAAGCCUUUGGGAGCAGGAAGCAGUAGCCCCCAGGGCAUGUGGCCCUGUGGCUUGUGCAGGACUGUAGCUGGCUAUCCUGCUGUCCUCUAGUGUGGCCCCGCCAGUGCUGUACCCCACAGUUCCCUGAUCACCUGAAAGGAGAGAGGGUGAAAGGUGCCUGGGCCCCUACUCAUGGGGGAGCAUACCAACACUGCACCAAGAGCAUGGGUUAUUUCUGGGCCCCCUUCUGUGGCCAGGCUUUCUGAGCCCCAAAAGCAGGACGUACAGACAGGGCGCCUGUAGACUCAGGUGCUCUCUCUCAAGGUGGCUUUG